AUGAUCCCGGUGAUGCUGUUCGGAGUGCUGUUCGCCAAGAAGCAGUACAGCGUGCGAGAGUACCUCUGCGUGGCGCUCAUCACGAUGGGCAUCGUCAUCUUCAACCUAGCCAAGGGGUCCAAGACCGAAGAGGACAAGCAGAACAGCACGUAUGGGCUGUCCCUACUGGUUACAAGCCUCAUCUUCGACGGGGUCAUGACCAGCUCUCAGGAGCGGUUGAAGACCAUCUGCAAGCCCACCGCGUACGAGAUGAUGUUCUACACGAACGCGUGGGCGCUGGGCUUCCUGUCGGCGGCCGCCUUCGCCUCGGGGCAGUGGGUGAAAGGAUCGCUGUUCUGCGCGGACAACCCUCUGGUCAUGGGCUACGUGGUGGCGUUCUCAUUGACGGCGGCGUGCGGCCAGUUCUUCAUCUACUACACCAUCACCACCUUCAGUCCGCUGGCGUGCGCGACGAUCACAACGACCCGAAAGUUCUUCACUAUCGUCUUCUCCGUCAUCACCUUCGGACACAGCAUCAGCCUGAAGCAGUGGGGGGGCGUGGCGAUGGUGUUCGUCGGCAUCGGCUUCUAUAUGCACGGCAAGCACAAGCGGCCUAGGGACGAGGGGGGACACGAUUUGCGCCAUGACGAAUCCGAAGCCUCAAUGCGACUUCUUGAAGAAGGCGAUUGCGAUGCCUCAUUUAUAGACCGACGUCCACCGUCGAGCCUGGAGUGAAUGAAGGGUAAAUGCGUACGACAGGAGAUACUCACAGGUAAUCUCGCUGUACGUGUGACGUUCCGAGCGCUGUGCAAUCCAGUCGUGUUGAAUUGUGGGGCGUGGUCGAGGGUUAGGAUUGGGGUGUUAGUGCACAUGUUUGCGGCUGCGGGGGCUUUUUUCGCAAGACGUUACUGAUACUUGUGAAAGUCAUCCGUUCUGUUCUGUAAUUCGACAGUUUUUUAUACCGCGGAGAAAACCUGUGAACAUGGACUUGUUUUGAAGCCUGAUAUUCGCUGGGUAAGCGGGGUAGGUUGUAUUUCUUGUAUUGUGGUAGACGGGGUAUGUACAUUGUAUUUCUUGUGUUGUUUCUUGCCACACCAUAAUCCGUUGCUGUCUCCACAGGUGGGUUCCACACCUCAAUCCGUUGCUGUCUUCUACAGGCGGGUCCUAGUGCGUUAGUGCGUUACUGCUUCGCAUCAUGAACUUCUGAUAUUUCUUUAAGUGUGUCGUGGUCGUUACUCCGUACAGUUACCCUAACGUGGGAUGUUCUCUACAAUUACGGUACCUUCCUCCCCCCAGGUAUGCAUAACGGCGUGGACCGUUGACAUGGCAUGACGACGUAUGCUGUCCUGUUGGUGCUCGGUCACUGGCCGGUACCAUGAAAUGAUUUUGCCGAGCGCCGUGUUCUCGAUCACGCUGUGUGCCAUCAUGUUCUCUCCCGGGUGUUGUCGGCGCGGAUCACACCGCACCUACCGUUUACGAAUUCGCGAAACACCCGAUCUACUCACUCACGCCGACCAGUGCGCCGACCGAUCGUAUAUUUUCACGUGGUCGUGUGACGUGUUUUUUCGCUUCGAAAUUGAGUUGUCUUCCUCUCUUUGAGGCCUAUCCUAGCGAAUGGUACCCAAACGAAAGACGAGCGACACGUGUUUCAUGUUUCCAAAGGCUGGGGUCCACCUCCUUUCCACCGUCCAUGCAUCCCGAACAAAAAAACGGCAGCCAACCGGCAGCAGACCACGUUCCGUCAGCACCGUCAGAAAAAGGAAGAACAUGGCACUAUCCUUCUACAACGACGUGCACAGAAUACGUGCAAACACCAACAUCAUCCUGUUCAACAGGGUCCUGUGAAAAGAACAUCCAACGAACGACCCACGUCAACCGAAAGGACGGGAAAAAGAAAAAAGCAAGGGCGGGCGAUGGGUCCUUCGAGUAACACCAUCGGGCACCCAAACAACAUGUCCAUCAAGGUUGAUCGGUAAAUCCCAGUGCAUGGGAAGUGAGUCGCAGAACGUGCUGAGCACGAUGAACGGACGCCAGCGCCAUCUUCCGUGUGGUCGCACAUGUCGCUGGAGGAACACCCCCAACGCCCCUCGGCUCUCUGCCUAUCAAUACAGCUGGCUCCCGUUGUUGCAAGUAUAGUCGGUUCUUAAACACCCAGUUGCCCCCUCGAGGAAUUUCUUAGCACACUUACAUACUCUUUCCGACAGCACAUGGCUCCUUUCGACAAACGGUACACACCAUGCUGCAGCGUGAACAAUCCGAACUGAGCGUGGGUGCCCCAGAGAAUUCUUGCUUUUUUCCACGCAAGCAUGAUGUACCGCACACAGUCCCCCUUCCUCUUUCUUCCUCGGUCUCGACGUAAAGGCGUUAUCCAGUCGGACAAUGAUUGCGGACAGUGUAAGCAGCAUGGAAACUCUAACAAUUCAAACGAUCCCAAGACGCCAUGAAAACAAACCCUAGCCCCCACCACUGCCUAUUUCACUUUACCCAUUAAAUUUGUCCACGCUCAAUCCGGUCGGCGUUUGAUUCAAAUCGGACGUUGUUUGUGAUAACACCCCAGGUUCCCAUAUCGUCGGCACAAACAAAUACCAUUCGCAGACAUCAUGAAAGAACUCCAACAUUUCGAGCAGUACCGGAUGCCCCAAGCCCAAAUCCGUUCACCAUAACCAAGUACAGCCGUCAUCGCUCUUUCCGUUUUGGAAGUGUUCGAGGCGCCACCGCCGUCGGCGGUUCGUUUUGAGACUGGAUACAAAAAAACAUGCUGUCCCACGAACGGCCGACGAAGAAAAGCCAAUACUUCGAAGCAUAUAAUAUGCAUGAACAGACAUGCAGAGCGUAUAAGCUCUCUUUAUCUACUCUCUCUCUCUCUCUCUCUCUCUCUCUCUCUCUCUCUCUCUCUCUCAGGGGUCCACUCGCACCCCCCCUACACACGCUUCAUGCCCACACACGUUACCCGCAGAGGGGAUACACAUACAGGAGGCGUUGUGUUUCGCGGCUGCCACCCGCCGCGCCCCGCCCUUGCUGAAUCUUGUCGCUGUGCCCUUCAGCGCAGAGUGAUCGACAUCAACGAACCUUGUGACACGCUGUAUAAAAAGCUGAAGGCACAAGUGGCAGCUUCGCGAAUAGAGCGACGCGAUGUGCCUCCUUGUUGUACACACUCGGUAGAGUUUGCCUACAAGCAAGGACCGACACAAGCAAGCGUGGAGUGAUGUUUCCACACGAGAAGGUUUCGGCGUGGUACUU